AUGGCGCGAGCGCCGAAGAAGAAGGGGAAGACGGGGGAGGCAGCGAGCUACGUGACGAGGAACCAGGCGAUCAAGAAGCUGCAGGUGACGCUGGGAGACUUCCGGCGCCUCUGCAUCCUCAAGGGGGUCUACCCCAGAGAUCCCAAGAAGAAGGCCAAGGGCAAGGACAAGACUUACUACGCCACCAAGGACAUCUUGUUCCUUCUGCACGAGCCUGUGCUGUCAAAGCUGAGAGACAUCAGGGCACACAAGAGGAAGAUUAUCAAGGCGAAGUCGAAGAAAGAUUUUGUGCUGGUCGAGUACCUGGAUAAGCGCAAACCCUUCUACUUGCUCGACCGUCUUGUGAAAGAGAGGUUCCCUACCUUCACGGAUGCUGUGCGCGACAUGGACGACGCUCUGUCAAUGGCAACCUUGUUCUCCAAUCUCCCAAGCACAAACUUGAUUCAAAGCAAGCGAACGUUGAACUGCAGGCGUCUCUGUCUCGAGUUCUUCAACUACGUCGCCCUGUCACAUUCUCUGAGAAAGGUCUUCUUGUCCAUCAAGGGAUGUUACUUCCAAGCAGAAGUGCAAGGGCAGUCAGUGACGUGGCUCGUUCCUUACAACUUCGUGCAGGAAGUUCCCCCCGACAUCGACUACCGCGUGAUGAUGACCUUCCUUGAGUUCUACGAGACCCAACUUCACUUCAUCAAUUUCCGCCUGUACAACACGCUCGGGCUCAAGUAUCCGCCCCAGGUUGAUUUGCAGAAAAGCGACGCAAACUUGGGCAUCAAUGCCUUUCUUCUUGAGCAGAUCUCUUCGGAAGACCCAGAGGCUACUCCAGCAGCCCCUGAUGCAGCCAAGACUGUCACGGCACAAAAGAAAGCUUCUAAUGGGGAGAAGAAGCAGCAGCAGGCUAAGAUCAAGUCGCUGCAGGAGAAGAUGCAGGACAUUCUUGAGAACGAGAACGAAUCAAAGUCGCAGGAGGACGUUGGGGAGGACAUCAAUGCUGACCUCGAGGACGAGGAGGCCGAGGAGGAGGAACAGGAGCAAGGGACUGAGACCCUCCUCUUCAAGAAGCUCAAGUUCUUCUUGUCAAGGGAAGUCCCCCGAGCUCUCCUGGAGCUGAUGAUCAAGUCCUUUGGAGGAGCUGUGGGGUGGGAGGGGCCCGGAAGUCCCUUCCCUGAGAGCGACGAGUCCAUCACCCACCAGGUGGUAGACAGAGACACUCAGCGACACAUGUUCCUGAGCCGCGAGUACGUCCAGCCUCAGUGGGUCGCAGACAGCUGCAACGCUGGCUUGCUUCUCCCUGUGGAGGAGUACGGGCCCGGAGUCUGUCCUCCUCCGCAUCUUUCGCCCUUCGUGGAUGAUGAGGAGGAAGGAUACCUGCCGGAGCGGCGCAGGUUCAUCCUGUCGCUGCAGGAGAAGUCGAAGAACCAUGCUGGAGCUUUCGAUGACAUGCCACAGGACCCUGCAGAAGGCGAUGAGGCAGAUGCCAAGAUGAAGGAUGAGGACGAGGAAGAAGAGGACGAGGAAGAGGACGAGGAGGUUGACGCUGCUGAAGCGCAAUAUCAGAGCGAGUUGGCAAAGGAGUCAGGCAAGGAGGAAGCAAUAUCAGCGCCCAAGUCGACGAAGACCAAGAAGACUAAGGCAGAAAUCGAAGAGGAGCGAGCUAGGAUGAUGAUGUCGAAGAAGGACAGACGGCUGUACGAUAAGAUUAUGUUCGCCAAGGAGAGGAAGCGUCAGAGGGUGCAGAGGUUGGAGAACAAGAAGUAAGAUGAGACAACAUGCGCGCUCCUACAGACAGACUGUUAUUGUUUCUAGAAAACUUGAGUUUUCAUGCCU